UAGGUCGAACAAGUAGCAUUAUUUGGAAGUUACACAAGAAUUUAGGAUAAAGGUCAUUUUAUGGCGAUUACUCGAUUUCUUCGCAAAAACAUAGUGUGCAUAUCAUUCCCAGUCAUUACCGCUACUCUGAUAUACCUCGAUUGGAAUCACACCAGGAGUUGGAAAGCCUUGAAAGAGAAGUAACAUGGCUAUUUUUGGAAUCACCACUCGCUAUGCCUGGUUUGCGAUCCCACUCAGUGGAUUUUUCAUCGGCAAGUACCUGGAUGACCAGGAGACCCUCAGGAUGACAAAUUUCAGGGACAAGUCCAAGCUAUACGGAGGGAGAGUGAAAGAGGGCGAAGCCCCUUCUUGGCCUAGUGUUAUGUAUUAAUAAUAGUGUACCUUGUCUCUUUGAUUGACUUGUAUUGGUUUUUAGAAUAAGUAGUA